AGGAAACAAGAUACAAGCCACUACUUCCAUAUCCCAAACUCAAAUAGAUUAGAUAUCCAAGAUCAACCAACUUCCCCCUUUCACAAACCCACCAAAAAAAAAUGGCUACAAUUUCCAUCACCACUUCUUCUUCUUCUUCUGCAACUUCACUAGCUUCAAACCUUCACAUCCCACCAAAAACCCCUUCACAUCGACCCAUCUACCCUUCAAGAACAACCCCAAAUCACCGCUUCAAAAUCCAAGCAAAACUAGGUGGGGAAGAUGCUGAAGUGGGUAAAGAUGGGAAGAAGAAGAAGUUCAUUACUAAAGAACAAGAACCAGAACAGUACUGGCAAUCUGCGGGUGAAAAGGAAGGGGAGAAUCCGAUGAAGACGCCCCUACCGUACAUUAUCAUAUUCGGCAUGUCUACACCGUUUAUCAUCUUGGCUAUUGCUUUUCUCAACGGUUGGAUCAAGGCGCCCAUUAGAUGAUUAUUUGAGCUAGCAUUUGAGCUCAUACGAUACCUUUUUCGAUCUUUUGGUUGUAUAUGUUUGUAUUGCCUAUUAUAUACAUAUUUUGUAUGAGAAAGAAAUGAGUAAGGCUUAAACGAUUGAUUGAGUUUGUUGAUUGUGAUUGAA